AUGCUGGAAACGUCACAUUCAAAACAACGUGUGCUGGAGCUGACAGAGCGCUAGAAUAGCUGGGCUGCUGCAGCGGGUGAGUUUUACCAUUGUGUUACAUUGUUACCAUUCAGCAGCCUAGACCAGCAUGUGGUUACACUAUUUGCACUCAUUAAUCGUGCCCUGAUCUGAUAAUUCGCUCUCUGAUACACUGAUUUCCAGCCCAUUUAGUCGUUUAACCCCUUAAGGACACAUGUCAUGAUUCCCUUUUAUUCCAGAAGUUUGGUCCUUAAGGGGUUAAGGCACACUUUUACGUUUAUUCACUAAAGUGGGAAUUUAAAGUGAAUUUCAAAGUAAAGUUCAAGGUGGCACAAUAGGAAAAAUUCUAGUUAUGCAUUCAGUUCCAGCACUUUGGGCAUACAAUGUAAAUUUUUGUUGAUUUAGUGAAUAAACCUUAUGAAACAGGCUAUAGAUUUCACGUUGGUUGAAUACUUUUACAGGUUUUUGUUUUAGCUAUCUGACAUAACCGCUAGUAUGGUGAGGUAUUCUGAAAAGCAGGGAGAAAAUGUUUUCUAGUCCCACCCAUACAUAAACCUGUCCCAAUAUUUCAUAUUUAUGUUAUGAAGUGAACAAUGCAAUGUACUGACAACUGUAUAUGUAUCUUCUCAAGUCUGCACACAUCGCCAGCUUGUUAUGUGGUAGCCUUCAAAAGAACAGCCAUGUUUUUUUAUUUAUUUAAUUUUUUUAAUGGAAUGAUUCAAAACAAUACUUUUGAUUCAUUAUGUUGUGGAGAUACAUGCCAUCUAGUCCUUAUUUCUUACUUUGGUUAAUCCUUUCACAACUAGAAUGUUUCAUGCCAUCCUUUAUAUAGUGGUCUUUAACACCAUUGGGACUGUAUGGAGUGUCCAAACAUUGUGGUGGGAGCAAUAUCAAAUCCCAUCUUACAUAAGCAAGAGUCCAAAGAUCGAUUUAUACCUGGGGCCCGCUUCUGUCAACCAUUUUUUUUAUUUGGCCCCAGAAUGACAGAUGAGCUGUAUGCAGCGCUCAGAGUGCGGCACACAACUCUAAAAUGUAUUUAAAUUUGUUCUGACUGGAAUGCAGUAUGAGGAGGGUUAAAUCCCUGCCCACACCAGGGAGAAACAGAUAUAAAUGGAUACCGGGGACUCCCUUCUGCCAGCUGGGACCACAUUUAGUGGCCCAAGACUGACUAAUGAGCUUCACGAAGCGCUCAAAGUGAGGGGUGCAUAUAGCCCUUCAAAUUAAUUGAGAACACCGAAGCUGAGCAAUCUCACAUUUAGCCGCUGUGAUUUUGGGAUGGCAUAUACUCAAGAGAGACACCCAGGAUCCUUUGUGAUGCUGAAAACAGCCAAUUUACCAAAUAAAAAUGUUUAAAGUAAGUUAUAUCUGAAUGAAAGUGAAAUAUUUUUUAUAAGGCAGGGUAAGUGUGGCUAGGGCUGCAUAACAGAAACAAAAGUGUUUUUAGUCCUAAAUGGCAGUAAAACAUUAAAGACAUGAUCUGUACACAAAAACUGCUUUAUUAAAGGGACACUAUAGUCACCUUAACAACUUUAGCUUAAUGAAGCAGUUUUGGUGUAUGGAACAUGCCCCUGCAGCCACACUGCUCAAUCCUCUGCCAUUUAGGAGUUAAAUCCCUUUGUUUAUGAACACUAGUCACACCUCCCUGCAUGUGACUUGCACAGCCUUCCAUAAACACUUCCUGUAAAGAGAGCCCUAUUUACCGUUUGUAAGGCAACUUUUGUAAAACCCCAUUGGAAAGCAUUAUACAUGCUUUCCUAUGGGGAAAAUACCAAUGCAAGCAUGGAAGAGUGGAGGUGGAACCCGAGCCAGCACUGAAAAUAACUUUGUUUUCCUGACACUAUAGUUUCCCUUUAAGCUAAAGUUGUUUUUAGUGACUAUAGUGUCCCUUUAAUUUUCUGUAGCCAUGAGUGCUUAAUUUGUUGUUCUUGCCUAACUGAAUCAAAUAUGUAGAUUGUUAAAUGUUUAAUCUCUCUCGUCAUCCACAGGACUUUUACUUGUACAUAUGAAUCAUGACCAAACAGAUCAAAUCCAAUGUCUGCCUCGAAACCCAUCAGAUUUGUUUUACUCUAAGCAUCCAGUUAAAAUAUGUGCUCCCAUGGUUCGAUACUCAAAGUAAGUGAGGCUUUUUUUUUUUCCUCUUGUUUAGUGGUUAAAAUUGACAUGGUUUUUGAUGCUUUAUUUAUCAGUCAAUUGUUUUAUUAUAGAGUACAGAUGAUGUCCUGAUCACAAGCAAUUACAGUAAAUGUGUCAUUGCACAUAUAGUAUGAAGGAUUAUCUCUUUCCCUUGCCACAGUAAAUACUAUUAAACACUAGAUCUUGGUGUUCUUUGAUUGCUUGUAUUUGGUUGCUUAAUGCAUUCUAUAUAUGUAUACAUGAAUGUUCAUACCUCUAUUUGCUGUAAAAAUUAUUUAGAUAUUAAAGUAGAAAUAUAUUGCACAUUUAUGACUUGUGUUGUUUUUUGUGUUUUUGUUUUUUUUUGCUUCUGUUGUGCGUUUUAUAGUCUUAUUGUUGUUAUUAAUAUUUGCACUGAUAUAGUUUCAACAUAUUCCACAGUGCUUUACAAUUAUAAAAUGGAGAUAUUCGAAAAGUAGCAAUUUACAUACAUAAUAUAUCAACACGUGAAGAUUCUCAAACGAGCUUACAAUUUAUGACACACAACAGAAAUAACAGCAUAUCGGGCGGGGGGGGGGUAAGGGGGGAGACUACUGAUGGAUACGAUGCCUGUGUCAAAAUCAGCUAGUCGAAGUGUUGUAAACAAUGGCAGGAGAGGGUGAGCUUGGCUAGGAAGGCGAUGGAACUGAUGAGGGUAGGGAAAUCAUCCAGGAAGAUGGCAAGCGUUCACAAAGAAGUGUGUUUUUAGUAACUUCUAAAGGGCUGGAGGCUUAUAAUAUAACUUUUACUGCUAUUUAUUAUAUUUACUAUGUUAACGAUUAAACUUAAUGCAGGUGAUCCCACGCAGGCUUUUAUUUUGGUUUAUGCUUGGACAUCAAUGGCCUAGAGUUUGAUAAUACUACAUAGAUUAGCAUUAAUUAGUAUUAUUGGUGUAGAUAUAUUGCUAUUGGUUUAGGCACUAAGUCUUGUGUACCAUUAGAGCACCACUACCAAAAAUAAUAAAAAGAGGGCGUAUGUUGCAAGCAAUUUACUGUGAGAGAACUGUUCUGUCACUUGUUUCUUUUAGAAACAGUCCUAUGAACCACUCUAAUGGAAAUACCCCAGUCAUUGUGAAGGUGAUCUUAUACAUAAGCUAGUACCAUGGAUUGUUUUUGUGGAUUUUGCUGGAUCUCUCUCAAUACUUUUCCUAACAAGCUUAUAAUAUCAAUGGACUUUAACAAUGAGGGCUGAGUAAAAAGAAAGGGGGGUGGGGGGAGGAAACAUAUUCAGAUUAUUUUUAACCAGCUUAAAGGGAACCUAUAGUCCUGGAGGAAAAAAAAAUAAAUAUAUAUAGAAUUUAUUUAUUUAUUUAUUUUUAAGACUCAAAGUUCUCUACCAUUACAGUGACUAUGUUCACUCCACUUUUCCUUAAAUAAAUUUAAGGCCAAUAUGUUUUUACUUGCUUUGUUUCAAGCAUCAAGACACUGUUGUUGCAACCACCUAAUUCACCUCAUGCAACUUAAUGCUGGCUCCUUUUCUUCUUUGCGUUCUCAUUCAAUCUGGUGCUUUACAAAGAAAAAUAUUGGGGACUAAAAGUGCAUGUGUACAGAGCGCCAUGCUCGUCUAAUCAAAUGUUCCUCUUAGGAAAGCUUUGAAUUCAAACCUUUGCUGUGAUUGGCAUUUGAAGCCAAUUAUUGCUGUAUCCAGGGCCACUGCACCAAGACCAUUUCAUUGAGAUAAAGUUUUUUUGGGGGUGACUUUAACUUGCAUUUUAGGUCUAGAAAUGGCUUUUGAUUCUUUUACAGAAGUUAUCUUUCAAUGCAUUAGGGCUGCAUUAUUUCCCACUUGUGACUUCCAGCUGACUGGUGGUAUAUCAGCAUAAAAACAUGCAUAAGCAAAAAAAAGAAAGUGACAGUUGCUGCCAUUAACAUUAGCUCUCUGCUCCUGAUCAUAACUUCUAUUUUUUUUUUUUUAAACCAAGUUUCUUCCACUACAGGAUCUGUUUCACUAUGCAAGGUACUGUCUGUGUUGAUAUGUGAAGUACAGCUUACAAUGUUUUGUACCAUAGAUCAGGUAUAAUUCUGGUGUUAAUAUUUGCAAAUCAUAAUAGUUAUUUUUGUACAUGUUAGAUUAAAGGGACACUAUUGUCACCAAAACAACUUUAGCUUAAUGAAGCAGUUUCAUGCCCCUGCAGUCGCACUGCUCAAUUCUCUGCCAUUUAGGAGUUAAAUCACUUUGUAUAUACAGCCCUAGCCACACCUCCCUGCAUGUGACUUACACAGCCUUCCUAAACAUUUCCUGUAUAGAGUCAUCUAAUGUUUACACUUCCUUUAUAGCAAAUUCUGUUAAAUUUUAAAAUUAUCUCCUGCACUGUUAAUAGCUUUCUGGACCCUGCAGGAGCCACCUAUAUGUAAAUAAAGUAAAAUUUACAGAGCAGAAGAUAAAAACUUUUAAAGUACGUAACAUCUGAUUAAAAAUGAAACUAUUUUGUUUUCAUUCAGGGUGUGUCGAUCAUAAUCGUAGCUAGGGCUGCAUAAAUAGAAACAAAAUAAUCGUAGCUAGGGCUGCAUAAACAGAAACAAAAUCAUUUAAAGGACCACUAUAGGCACCCAGACCACUUCAGCUCAAUGAAGUGGUCUGGGUGCCAGGUCCCCCUAGUUUUAACCCUGCAGCUGUAAACCUAGCAGUUUCAGUGAAACGCCCAUGUUUACAUUGAGGGUUAAUCCAGCCUCUAGUGGCUGUCUCCCUGACAGCCACUAGUGGCCGCUUCCGCGAUUCUCAGUGUGAAAAUCACACUGAGAUGAUGCUGGACGUCUUUCGGAAAUCAUUGAGUAAUGCUUUCCUAUGGGCGGUUUGAAUGUGUGCGCAUUCAGAGCUGACGUCGGCAGGGAGAGGAGAGUUCACCAGCGCCGAGGGAACCCGGCGCUGCAUUAAGGUAAGUGGCUGGAGGGGUUUUAACCCCUUCAGCCCAGCGGGAGAGGGGCUCUAAAGGAGGGGGAGACCUAAUAACCCUAUAGUGCCUAGUUUUCCUGGCACUAUAGUGGUCCUUUAACUCUAAAUGGAAGUGAAUUGAGCAGUGAAACUAGAUGCAUGAUCUAUAUACACUAAAACUGCUUCAUUAAGCUAAAGUGGUCACUGGUGGGUGACUAUAAUGUCCCUUUAAUAUUUGGGCCUUUGAUGCAUUUAAAUAUUGGGAUCAUUUUGCACAUCAUUUUAUUUUUCUUUCUCUAUAUAGAUUGGCAUUCCGGACGCUUGUGAGAAAGUAUGACUGUGAUUUAUGUUACACUCCAAUGAUCAUUGCAGCUGAUUUUGUGAAAUCAGCAAAGGCUAGAAACAGCGAGUUUACAACAAAUCAAGGUAAUGCUUUUAGCAAACAUAGAGCUAGGAUCACUUCACUUACAGCACAAGUAUGCAAAUGUAAUGUCUAGUAUAACUUUUUUUAUUUUUAUUUUUGCAAAUGUGCAAUUCAUACCAUUUAUUCUUCCAAGCAUCAGUCCAACAUUAGCAUACUGUGUUUAUUUUUUUAAUGAAAAUCUACACUUCUCUAGGUGAAGCAGCUGUCCAAUAAAUGUAUUAAAAUGAUAUAGCACUCAGAUCAUAUAUGCCAUCUGAUGAAAUACGUUUCAGUAAGAACUACAAAAAAGCACUUCUUAGUUACAUAAGAAGAGCAAGAAGGAAUCUUUUCAGACUGUGUUGCCAUAGUAAUAGGAAGCUUGCAUCAGUAAAUUCAUAAUUCAUUUAGGCAGCUCUAACCUUUUCUAUUGAUAAGAACCUUUGCUUUUGUUGUAUGAUUUCUCAACAAGAUGUAUCCUAUGUUAUUUAAAUGCAUACUUUAAAAUCAAGGAAAAUAAAGAUUGAAACUAGACAAACAAUGUUUCAUUAACAAACCAGGAACAGAAAACAUCAGUCGUAUUAUUAACAUAUACAGGAUCAUUCACUAAACUUGGAAGUUGCAAGGGCAUUGGGAAUAAUCUCAGUGCAUGUCCCACACCUCCCGUGCGACUAUUAUACCAACACAUUUCGGGACAUCACUUACUGAGCCUGGAGUAACCAGAGUGGUGGGAGUCGCAUGUUGGCUCUUUUUUUGGAGGCCUGGGGCCAGCAAUAAGGCCAAUAGAAGAUGACUAGGACUUAAUCUUGAUAUUGAACCCUUAUGGCAAGCAUGGGUGUAGGGUGAACCCCACAAUAAAACUUUGAUGCAUGUGGUGCACAAUGUUAUUUUAGUUUACAUUUUAAUCCUCUUCCUGUGCACUCUAUAGUGUGCCUUAGUUAUACUGGGUCCGCAGACACAAUAUCAGUGAUCAUUCUUUCCAGGAUACCUUUGUUACUUUUCUUUUAGCAUACUAUACACCGCGUUUUUCUUUUAGCAUACUAUACACACGCCUAGCUAGUCUUGUGCGUUUAAAGUUAUACCAUCUGCACCCUGCUUAGACAUGCUAGAAUAGCCUGUAUUAGCGUGUUCUUGUAAUAUAUAAAUGACGAGUUUCCAUGCAACAUUUGUACUUAGCCUUUUAAAUAUUUUUCUGGAUAUACUAUUUUAUUCUUACCUCAAUUUAAAAAAAAAAAAAAGAGAGAGAGAGAGAGAUUGAGGGGGGGGGGGAAAUGCAGUUCCCUUCCUCCUAUGCUCUCCACAAUCUCUUGAUUAUUGAGUAAGCACAACAUAUCCCAUGUUUUUAGCUGGAGCCAUUGCUUGUGUACAGCACAUCUGACAGCUUUAUUUGUGGCAGUAAUACUGUAGCCUGCCAUGGUCUAUAAAUUGUUAUGUUGGAUGUUUGUGUUAUAUGGACAAUUAUAAAAUUGUCUAAAUAUAGUGUGUGCAUGUAUACAUUGGCACCCUUUGUUUAAACUUACACUGAGUAUCCUGUUCUUUGAUUGAUUCUAUUUUAAGAGCAGCUUAUAUUCUCUAUAACAAGUUGUGUUUCUGUUUUCAAAUGAUCAUAAUUAAAGGAACAGUAUAGGGUCAGGAACACAAACAUGUAUUCCUGACCCUAUAGUGUUAAAACCACUAUCUAGGCCCCCAGACAUCUCAAGUCUGCAGCUGCUGCCUCUGCCCCUGAUGUGCCUGCUUGGAAUGACAUCAUCAGAAGUGAUUCUGUGAGCCAAUCACAAUGCUUUCCCACAGGAUUGGCUGAGACUAUCAAAGAGGCAGAUAAGUGACAGAGUCAGCACAAGUCAAAUACAGAUCUGGCCAAUAAGCUUCUCAUGAAUUGAAUCAAUGCUCAGUGUCUGCAUGCAAAGGGUGGAGACACUGAAUGGUCCAUCUAGUAGCCAUUUGAGGAGUGGCCAGUGGAGGUAUCACUAGGCUGUAAUCUAAACACUGCAUUUUCUCUGAAAGCAAGUAUUAUACUCACCAGAACAAAUACAAUAAGCUGUAGUUGUUCUGGUGACUAUAGUAUCCCUUUAACAUUCCAAACCCUGCUGUACAAUACGCUGUAAAUAUAUACAAUAUUAAAAACUACCACACACACACACACGCUGCUCUAUUCUAAGAUUCCUGCCACAAUCUUGUAUUCAAUACCAACAUAACUAAUAACUCUCUUUACGCAACCCCUCCCAUUCCCCACUAAGCUAUGUAGAUUGUUUUAAAAAUAUUUUCGGGGGGGCGGAGCUCAACCACCAGCCUGAACAGACGCCACGCAUGCAAGCACCUCCAAAUGACAGCGCAAAACCCCCCCAAAAAGAACAAAACUAAAGGCCAGAUGGACCCCAAAACCCGACAGUCACGUCCCCCAAUACCACCCGAGGCGAUAGAUGCCUUUUUUUCAACCAAAGGCCCAGCCCGGACGAAAACGGAAAACCGGGGCCUACCCCACGUUGUCCCUGCCAAGCCUGGAAGCACUCCUCCGGCAACAGGCGAACGACGGGAGCCCUCCCCAAGCACCGCCAGAGGCUUCACCCCACACGCCAGCGAUGGGUCGCCGCUCGCAAAAGACGGCGGCUGUGGAGCACAGAGACAUCGGAACGAUGUUCCAGAGGCCCAUGCAGCCCCAACCCACACCCGCAGAGCCCACGCGGCAGGUCACUGGUACAAGGCCUGAAGCUCACUCAAACCCAAAUGAGCAAGCAAGGGCAGAGGGGCUGGCGGACACUCACCUGCAGCCAUCAGAUGCUCCCACUGACACCACACCAACGACCAGACAAGACCUGAAAGUACUAUUGAUUGACUUUCAUAAAAUACUUGCAGCUGAAUUAGCUCCUAUUAAAAAUAACAUGAAGGCCAUCACAGACCGUGUACAGGCCUCGGAGAAGGACAUAGCAGACGUCCAGACACAGGUACCAGACCUCGGUCCAACAAAUAUGGGCUCACCAAAGAGCUGUCACCUCACACAUCACAGCAAUGGAGGAUCGCCACCGCCGUACUAAUGUGAAGAUCAGGGGCGUCCCAACUGCUGUUGCGGUGGACGAGCUCCCCCAUUAUGCCACCCUCCUGUCCCCCACGGUAGCCAAAAAAAUGAAUCUGGAAGAAAUCUACCGCCUACCAGGGCCCAAGGGGACGACGAAAACGGCACCAAGAGAUGUGAUAUUAAGGUGCUCCACAACACACGAUAAAAUACUCAUAAUGUCAGCACUUAAGGGCAAAACUCCCCUGCAAUUCGAGGAAGCGUCUCUGACGUUUUACCAAGAUCUCAGUAAAACCACCCUCCUGUGGCGAAAAACGUUCCAACCGGUAACCAGCCAGCUUCAAUCAGCUAAAAUAAGCUAUAGAUGGGGAGCAAACGGAUCCCUGAUGGUAUCCAGGAACGAUGGCGUACACACGCUCACCUCUAUGGAAGACACUGCACCAUUCCUGACGGCCCUGGGACUGGCACAGCUACCGGACACCGCACGACAGAGUGCCUUCACCUCAACGUCAACCUGGGACCCGGCGCAUGCAACUACCUUCAUCCCAAGAAGGGGGAAAGAGAGGAUGGCAGAUCCAGGAACAAGCUCCAGCGAGGACCCAACCUAAGACAACAGCCCGACUGAAGACCAGCCAGCCACACCAGCCGGUCUCUACGCUCACCAUGGGACUAUCUGCUCAGGACAUUAUAUAUACCCCAAUGUUCUCCUAGUUUCUCCCCCCUAUACCAGGGACCGUGUAACUGUGUAGGGACCACAUCUACAGUCACACAGGUAAUCACACCUAAGGCUGGGGACACGACCAAUGCUCUACCCCCCAUAACGGGGAACAACAGCACCCCUCCACACUCACACACGAGGCAACCGCCAAACAAAUCACGCAUCCACCACUCCCCCGCAGCUCCCAUGGUCAGGAGCCACUACAUACGAAACAAGGCAUACCUCACAUACCCAACACCUCCGUGGGACUCACACAACACAGCCUGUAUGCCUUGUACUGAAGAGGCUACAUACCACGCUACACUACCAGCCCACAGGCUGAACGAACAAGCCAUAGGACCCUCUACGAGCAACCACAGCACACCGACUCUCACCCAUAGAUCAGCUAGAACACACCACACUCAACCACCUCAGAAUAGAGGGAUGACACGAUAGCGAUCAAGGCCUACACAAACAUGUUACAAAAAUAAAAUAGUGCAAGAAUGUGCUACGAUCUGGCUAACACACAAAUCAUAUAAGCUCCUUUUAACGAAUGCUGUAACGACUAUGUUUUGCACUGAAAAAUACAGAAUUUAAAAAAAAAAAAAAAACAAUAUUGACAAAUAUCAGUUAAUUAACCCUUUGAUAUUUACAUUUCUGUAGGAGAUAAGCCUCUUGUUGUUCAGUUUGCAGCAAAGGAGUCCCAGGUUUUAGCUGAUGCAGCACGCUAUGUCAGUCCCUUUGCUGGUGGAAUAGAUGUCAACUGUGGGUGUCCUCAAAGGUAAGCUAGAUACAUCUGUUACAGGAGUUUAUUUUUAUUUUAACUUUAAAGGCUUUAAACUCAGUUUGAAGUGGAGUGUGCUGAAUCUUGCAUGUAGCGUGUAUGAGUGUGUAUAUUAUAUAGUAAAUAAAAUAAAUUGGAGAAAUGCCUUUAAACUAAAACUUUUAGAUAAUUUGCUCUCUACAUGUUACAUUGGUAAACUUGAUUCUUUUAAUUUGUUACAAAAUUCCCCACCUAAGAAAGCUUGGUAAGAAAAAGUUCACAAAACCACACAAAUGGAUCUAUAAAAGCAUGUGUUGACAUGAGGGUUUAUUCACUAAACUGCCAAUUGUAGCAAAACAUCUGAAAAGCAAUAAUUAAAACUAAAAUAGGGAUUUGAAGAAAUUCUUCAUUUUAUCUGUAGUAGUGGUUUGGCUGUUUUUGGAUGUUUGUCAUUCAGAUUUCAGUUUGCUGCAAUUCAUAGUUUAGUAAAUAACCUAGGUUAGAAGUUAUUUUCUAAACCAUAAUUUAAUGUAUGGCUGGUACUUCAUUAAUAAAGUUAUACACUUUUAGAUGUCUUUGUUAAUCUCUUGUUAUUGACAUGCAUUGCAUUACUGACUUUGACUUCCAUUUUGUGUUUCAAGGUGGGCAAUGUCUGAAGGUUAUGGAGCCUGUUUAAUAAAUCAACCUGAAUUAGUUAGUGAUAUGGUGAAAACCGUACACAAUCAAGUUGAGAAUCCAAGCUUUUCUGUUUCCAUUAAAAUAAGGUAAAUAUUUAUUCUACACUGGGUGUGUUAAAGGGAAACUAUAGUUCCAGGAAAACAACCUAGUUUUCCUGGCACUAUAGCUUCCCCCUCUGUCAAGGCCCACUCCUGUGGUCCAGCGCUGCCCACGCUGCUCCCCUGCCGACAUCCGCCUGCGGGGCAGACCUAAUGCACAUGAGCCGCGCUCACAUUUGAAUUUCUCCAUAAGAAAGCAUUCCCCAUGGGAAAGCAUUAUUCCAGUGACGCUGGAAGUCUUCAAGCAUAAGUUGCCUUCAAGCCCGGAAGUCACUGAUAGACAGCCACCAGAGGAGGAGGUAAUUAUUGCAGUUUAUAAAAUCUGCAAUAAUUACAACUCUAGGGUUAAGGGUGAUUGGAGUUUGCACCCAGACCACUUCAAUAAGCUGAAGUGGUCCGGGUGCCUACAGUGUCCCUUUAAUGCGUGAUUAAAAGUAUUCUCUUUUUUUCUUUUUUUUUUUUUUUUGUGUUUUUAUAUGUAUGAAUGCAGAUGUUACAUAAUUCCCUAUCUCGUGUCCUGCCUCUUCUUCUCAUUAUCUCAUCAUUAGAACAGUGGCAUCAUCUAUGCAACUAGUUCUUGCCUAGCAUAUAAAACGUAAGCUGGCCAAUGGCAGUUUCUCAUUAUUGUUUUGAAUCUCUUAAUAGGAUUCACAGUGACAUCAGCAGAACAGUUGACCUAUGUCGGAAGGCUGAGGCUGCCGGUGUGUCCUGGAUUACAGUUCAUGGAAGACUUACUGAAGAAAGGCAUCAGCCUGUGCACUAUGAUUCUAUCAAAAUUAUAAAAGAAAGUGUGUCUAUACCUGUCGUAGCCAAUGGAGAUAUCAAGAACUUAAAAGAAGUUUCACAAAUUCACCAGAUUACAGGGGCCGAUGGUAUGUCAAGUCCAGAUGUUAUUUAUAAGUAAUAUAACUUUUUUACCAAGGAUUAAAUACUAUGGAUAUUUAAUUUACCAUUUUACAUGCCCGAUGAAGGGUUGAUAAUUUAGUGGUAAGCUGAGCUUAGGGUCUUGUGGCUUUUCUUCCUUUGCUAUUAAACCGUAUUUAUUAGAGUCCAACUAAAGUUUGCUUCUAUAAUUGGUCAGGUGGUGGAAGGUGACAGGUCGGUAGAGGUAUUCUCUUGUAAGAAAUAAAUCCGUUAGAUUUAAAACCUGGUUUACAUAUGAUUUGUUAACAUUUCAGUAUUGGUUUUUUUCAGAGUAGGAAUCAUUUUGUGUUGCAUUGUAUUUUUUUUUUUUUUCUUUUUAUUGUCCAUCGGUAGACUUUUCUGUGCCUCAGUAGAGCAACUGAGGGGAAAUCUGCUAUCACUCUCCAUGGUCUUGUAUUGAAGCUGGGAAUGUUAUGUAAUUGGUUCCCAUUUAAGUUCUUCUUUUAACCCCUUUGGGACUUGAAAAGAUAAUGAUCACUCUUUGGAAAAAAAUUAUAGAUGAUAUAAUGGAAUAAAUCUACACUGUAGUUUUCAAUAGUCUGCCCAAUCUGUGCAACUUGUAUAUUAAAGGAACACGGACAUGUAUUCCUAACACUAUAAUGUUCUACUUACUAUUUAGUUUACCCCCCCCCCUUUGUGAGCAUUAAAAUAAAAUAACCAUGUUUUGAUGACCUCAGCCAAUACAGUGCUAUGUAAGCAUUGGGAGGAUAAUGUGCAUUCUCUGCUCCAAGUAGCAUCUCUGAAUUAAUGCAUCUCUAUGUGGAUUGUUUAGCAUCUUCACAAUCCACAUAGAGAUGCUAGACGUUGGUCCUGCAGAGUUUUCAGGACCUCUUACAGGAAGUCCCUUUAGGCAGCACUACAAAUACUGCAUUUUUCUCUGGAAAGGCAGCGUUUACACUACUGCACCUGCAGGGAGACGCUGUAUGCCCCAGAAAAAAUAUAAAGGUCCCAAUAAUGUACCUUUAGGAUAGAGUCCAAAACACAGCUAAAGGUUAACUCUCAACUGAAAAGGGGACUCCACUAAAAAAUCCCUAUAAGUGCAAUAGACAAAAAAUAUUGGAUGAAUAAUCCAAUAUAUAUUCAGGAGUAGUGUAUACCUUUAAAUUGUGAACUAGUAUAUAAGAAUAUUAAAACGGUAUAAUAUGAUUUAAAAUAACAUAUACAUGGAGAGCAUAUAUAAAACAAGUGAUAUGAAUAUGCUUGUGCAAUAAAUCCAAUAGUAAGACAGAAUGUUCUUGUAUUGAUACAAUUGUAUCAUUUAGAAUGAGAGUUCAUAACAGUCUGUAAAUAAUGUUAGCUGUUACAGCUUUUACCAGUUAUAGACAAACUGGAAUAAUAGAUGCUGAAUUAGCUAGCUUAGUAUAGCACAGAUAUAUUUGAUUGUAGCAAUAGUAAUUAGCAAAUAUAAUAAUGUACUUGUGAAAAAAAAAGGAAAAGAUAAUUGCUAGCAGGUCAUGAUUAGUGACUUGCAGUAUACCGUGUUUCUCCGAAAAUAAGACCGGGUCUUAUAUUAAUUUUAGUCACAAAAAACACACUAGGGCUUAUUUUCAGGGUAGGGCUUAGAGCCAGUCUGUCAGCCGGUGUCCGCGCUGUGUAACCCCCCCAGAGACCCUCCCUCUCUCCCUGUAAUACUCUCCCCCCUCCCUCCCUGUAAUAUUAUCCCCCCUUCCUCCCUCCUUCCCUGUAAUAUCCUCCCCUCCCUCCCUGUAAUAUUCUCGCCCCCUGUAAUACUCUCCCCUCCCUCCCUCCCUGUAAUACUCUCCCCCCUCCCUCCCUGUAAUACUCUCCCCCCUCCCUCCCCUGUAGCGUGGCCGAGCUCCUAUCCGGUCCGCGACCCGGCCGGACUGACAGGAAGUGCACACCCAGUGCGCGCUUCCUGUCAGUCCGGGCGGGUUGCGGACCGGAAAGGAGCUCGGCCACGCUACAGGGGAGGGGAGGUGAGGCAGUGCGGCAGCCGUCUGAGCACUCUCUAUAGAGCGCUCAGGCGGCUGAGGCAUUUAAAGGGCCGGCAGCUGCCGGCCCUGCCUAGGUCUUAUUUUCAGGGUAGGGCUUAUAUUGCAGCCCAUCCCGAUAAUCCAGCUAGGGCUUAUUUUCGGGGUAGGUCUUAUUUUCGGGGAAACACGGUACUGGGAAGAAAAUCCCUCCGGUCUUGCAGAGACUAAUGCAGAGAUGCUUUCUGUGUUAUAUAUGAAUAAAUUUAUUGUCCACAGAAUAAAAUUAAAAUUACACUUACAAUUGUGCAAAGAACUAGAUAUGCUGAGCUGGGAUCGGGAAAGUAUGGUGUUAGCAGCUGUUGGUCCUGCCGGCAGAUGAUGCUGAGAGCCGCGUGCGUGUCACCGAUCUUCCUGCGUUCCAGAUACAGCCUGUUCGUCUUUACGGUAAGUGCCAAAAAGUAAACUAAUGUCCUUACGCGUAUCGUGAGUCUACUGCUCACUUCAUCAGAUCCUCUGAUGAAGUGAGCAGUAGACUCACGAAACGCGUAAGGACAUUAGUUUACUUUUUGGCACUUACCGUAAAGACGAACAGGCUGUAUGCCCCAGCAUCACUACAUUGAGCUGUAAUGGUUCUAGUGACUUUAGUGUUCCUUUAACCCCUUAAAGACACAGCUUUAAAAGCUGGACAUACACUUAAAGACAAAGAUUUUUUGAUCAUCUACAUCUGCUAAGUACAAUGCCUUUGUAUGCCUUUGCCACUACUCUGUGAUGCUACAGUGCCAUAUAAGAGACCAAGCUAUUUCAGUUUCUCUGGUUAGAAUUUUUAAUAGAGGAUUUGAUGGGACACCACAUAGGCCUUCCAUUUGAGAAGCAGACACUCCAGGGUUCCUUAUAUGGCAUAUAUUGUGCCUUAACUUGCCCCCAUUUUUUCACCAAUUUAUGCCAAAGUUAUACAUGUUGCAUUUUUACAGGGUAUUUUGUACAUUUGAUAUGUACCAUCCGCCAAAUUAUGCUCAGUUACAUCUUCUGAGUAAACCAACAUGCCAAUGUAUGACCUAGACCAUGGGUAUCGAACCUUUUGGUUUCCCUGGCCCGCAUUGAGUGCAGAGGAAUUGUCUUGGGCCACACAUAAAAUCUAUAAUAUAGAAACUUGUUUCUUGGGGGCGGAGCCUGGCAUCCAGACUGAGCGGUUGUGCUGAACCUCAGCUCCCGCUCUACUUGACAGUUUUCUGGGGUAUUUCCCCGAAAAACCGGCACAAUCGCCCACUGUAGGGCAGCUACAAUGACGGGGACACCCGGGGGAAUCACCCGACACCAAAACCAAGCCUGUAACCCCCGGGGACCCGACAACACACCCUGAGGCCUGUCGGAGGUCGAGCAGCGGGGAGACGGCCGCUCCCUGCGCUGACUGGCCUGGACACAGAUCCCUCGGGGUUGCCGACACCUACCCCCCCCCCUCUGGACCGACGGGGGUCAUCUCGGUCCACAACAGGCAACAGGAGAGGCAGUCCUAAGCGGAUCACAGAGCCAGCUACAUCACGACACAAUGGCAGCCGAGCACAUGGCGCACCCAAAAUGGCGGCGACGCGCACACCAAGUGAGCCAUGCUGCACACCCGAAAUGGAGCCCCAAAGUGAAGAUAUGCGGCGCCUAGAGGCCGCUUUUGCCCGGUUCUGGCAUGCCUUAAAUGAGCGGCUACAUGCUCCUCAGGCAGCACAGCAAACCCUGCCGGGACCGAGUGAACUGCACCAUCCCCACGGGGAAAAGAGCAAGGUACCACAGCACAGGCGGGCGGGAUGCGGGAAAGGAGAUGGGAGUAGAGGACAGGGGCGCCCCACGUCGGACAGGGCCAUAGCCCCCAAGCUACCAACCCGCCAACCGCCGCGCAGGAUGAGAAUCCACCGCCGCUGGCGGCGAUGUCACAGCAAGAACACCGGCUAUCCCUUACCACAAAGACAGAGAGCCCGAACAGACGGACUCACUAUGCUGCCCAUGCCUACCCACCAAACCGAUCACCCACCUGAGGUGAAGGAGAAACUCUUGCCGCAGUCAAAGCAGGCCACCUCAAGCACACACAUACUCCAGUCAAGGGAAGGGCCUGGCACUACAGAGCACCCAAGCCUGUGGACUGACAACAAUUACCCACACAUGGGCCAGAGGCUGGAGGAGAAACCAACGCACAUCACCUUGGCUGCUGCUCACAGGGACUUUCCCAAGCUUGUUCUACCGCUGAGGGGAAUCGGCUGACUGAGUACCCAUCCCCGCAACUGGGACGUACAGUAGCUUAAAAAGGUAGCUGAGCAAUUGACUGUACCUGCAAAGAGUCCCUUAAUUUCACGCUGCUGCCAUAUAUUCCAUCCCGCUCUAUAUUGAAUUUACCUAAACAACCAUUAUCACCGCCGUUAACAGGGAUCGGCUGAUCCUGACGCUGGACUUACCGCUAGAUUCCAGAGCUACAUGCCAGAGACAUAACGCUGAGGGUCCAGUGCCAGUACCUACGGCUGGCUUACCACAUUGAUCGCCGCAACCGUAAUGUUCAUAUACUAACCUGGUUGCUCUGAUGCGCUGGCUGAUGCUCCCACCUGUAUAGUAAAACAACUAGAAAGUCCCUACAUUAGAAUGCUUUGCUUCUGAUUUAGUUUAACAACACCUGGCCCAUGACUGGCACAUUACUAUUACACUAAAGUGAAGGCAGACUUAAUGCUGAAAGCUUGUUAUUGCAUAAUAGUCUACACAAGCGCAACACAACCUGCAGGCACAUCACACACAAGCCAACUACUGAUACACUGCAAAUUGUGCUGCCACUCUACACCUAUGUAGAUGUAGCUAAUCUAGUACUGUUCAACGUUGACUAAGUUAUAUUUUAUUUUGUUUUACUUUAAUCUAACGAUUUCACUGUCUAACCAAGCUUGUUACCAUUACAUAACAUGUGUAAUCUCUUAAGCCACUGUCUAAUCUUAGUACUUCGUUCAACACGCUGUGGUGGCGUCAGUCAAUAACCUGUGGGAACGAGUCGUUGCAUCUGAAUGUUAGACCUCUUAAUUAUCGUUACCCUUCCUAUUUAAAAAAUGUAUGCAUACCCUACAUGCCACAAUACUGUUAUAAAAUUAUUUUGGAAAUCGAGCCUGCUGAUGCUGUUGUGGCGAUACAGGCACUGUUGUACCUAUCUGCAUACCAAAAAUAAAGAAUUAAAAAAAAAAAAAAAAAAUCUAUAAUAUAAUUAAUUUAUAUAAUAAAACUUCAAAACCCCCUUUCUUAAUUUUGUUUAGUAGAUAAUUCCCUUCUUUGUUAUCCUUAUGUGGGAUUGCCAUAUUCAAGGAUACCAAAUUAGGGAGCUAUCUGCUAAACACAUACAUGUAUAUGCACACAUAACCACAGAUAGAUAGAUAGAUAUAUAUACACACAUGCACAAUUACAAACCUAUACACACAUAAUUACAGACCUAUGCACACAAUCACAAAUCUACACACACAUACAAUCACAGACCUAUACACAGUCACAUAGACACACAUAAUCACAGAUAUACACACAGACAUACACAUACAAUCACAGACAUUCACACGCACAUACAAUCCUGGAUCUUUACACACAAUUACAAAUAUACACACAGAAUCACAGAGCUAUAUACACACACACACACAAUCACAGAUGUACACACACAAUCAGAAAUCAGACCCACACACACAUACGAUGACAGGCUUAUACACAUAGUAACAUACAUACACACAUAAUCACAGAUUUAAAUACACACACAAUAACACACACAAUCACUGACACAACAAAAUUACAUUUAUGCACAUUUAGUACACCCACCCAGCCUCCCUACCUUGCUCUGAGAUGGCUGGAAUUGAUCCUCUGUUCCUGGUGGCUAGCGGUUGCUGCUUGGCUGGGAUCUCCCAGUCCCUCGCGUGUCCAGUAGUGAUGCCAAUGGUGGGAUGAUGUCAUAUCCUGGCAGCCGGCUCACUGAUGUCAUAUCCCGGCAGCCGGCUCACUGAUGUCAUAUCCUGGCGGCCGGCUCACUCCUGGAGGGAGCUGUCCAGGAGGAGCACAGUAUGUAAAGUGCUUCCUGCCUACCUCGCCCAGGGCCUGACUGGGGAUAUAAAGCAUACCUGGAAAAAAAUACAUACGCAAACUGACUACAGACAAGCUCACUGACACACUCAUGCUCAAUACAGAAAAGUGCACUGACAGACAAACAUAAAAGCUCACUCACUAGCAGUCACAUACACACAAAGACACUGACAAAUAAACCAAAAUUUACCUGGCACUGAAGACUGUAGGAGAAAUUUUUGACCUUUUCCUGCUUGGAUGUGGGGUAGAGAUUGUAUCUGGGGGUGGGAUUUGCACGCGGGAGAGGCUGAGCUUGCGUGCAGGAGGCAAGGCUUUAGCACAGAAUUGCCGAGAAUUGUAAAGGGAGCCUCACAGUGCUUCCUCUGGCCGCCAGCACCCUAAACGCGGCUGCAGCCACCCCUCAGCACCUCUCUCUUCAAUCCCCUCGGACUGAUCCAGGCUGUCACAGUCCGAGGGGAAAAUAAUUUAAAUGCCAUUUUUAUGAUAAGAGCUGUCUGCACGACCCGGUGGGCCAAUCCAGCUCUGCCCUCGCCACUCAGACUGCAACCGGCUGCGCUGCGGUUGGACACCCCUGAACUAGACACUAUAUUGUGAAGUUACAGUGCUGUAAAAGACACGUGACAAUUUCUGGUUUUGAUGGGUCUGUGUUCCAUUUUGGAGCAUUUUAGCAGGUUGCUUAUUCAAAUUACCCAAUAAAGUCAUAACAUUUCGUAAAGAAGACACCCUAGGGUAUUUUAAAUGCAUAUUUUGAACCUUAGCGUGGGAUAAUUUUAUCGCUAGCUUGUACCAAGUCUUAUGGUUAAGCAUUUCUUCUGCAUUUUUGACACACAGUACAUUUUUUACGAUUCCGUAGCGCUUUACAAUAUUAUAAGAGGGGUGAAGGGGGAUUUAAAUAUAAAUAGGACAAUUACAAGAAAACUUACAGGAACGAUAGGUUGAAGAGGCCCCUGCUCAAAGAGCUUACAUUCUAUAGUUGUUUCAUAUAUACCAGUAUACAUGAGCCACAUGCAAUAUUUGGUUAUAUUUUGUGUUAUUUUGAAUUUUUCUGUCUGUCUCAACUAUUGAGUAAUUUAUUUUUGCACAACAGUGUGGAUUGCUUUAUUAAAAUCUAGAUGAAAUGUUUCUAGUGUUUUACUAUGGCUUCCUGUAUUGAAUCUAUACUGCUAUGCUAUGCUAAUUUGUAGAAAUCUCCAUUUGUUGUGUUUUGUUGUUUUUUUGUUUUUGUUUUUUUUUUCUUCCAAAAAUGUUCUGUACUAAUGAUGUCAGAAAUUGUUACUGUGGGAAUUAACAAACAAUAUAUUGUAUAUACCCUGCUUUGGUGUUAAACAUUUGUUAACCGUUAUAUUUGUUUCCAUGUAUCUUUAAGGUGUCAUGGCUGCCAGGGGACUCCUUGCUAACCCAGCUAUGUUUGCGGGAUAUGAAGAGACUCCACUGAGCUGUAUUCAGGAUUGGAUUGAUAUUUCCUUGGAACAUGGAACUCCCUUUGCGUGUUUCCAUCAUCACUUGAUCUACAUGUUGGAGAGAAUUACGUCAAAACAAGAGAAGAGAGUUUUUAAUGUUUUAUCUAGUACAUCUGCAGUUCUAAAUUAUUUGAAAGAUAACUAUGGGGUGUGAAAGGUCAUCAUGUUUUCGUAUUAUUGUGAAAAUCUGGGUCUGUUAAAUAUAGAUAGAGUAGCACAUUUACAAAAUGUUAUUUUAAAGAACUCGACAGUUCCCCCUAAAAUCUUCUUAUCUGACAUUCUGACAUUUAUUGCAUUCUAAUAUCUAGCCAUUUUACAGAAAACUCCUUUCAGAGUGAUUUUUUUAAAACAAACCCAGAAAUUAAAACAUACUAGCAGUUUAAUACAAGAUACCACUUGCAUUUUAGUUUGAAAAGUAGUAGUCUUUUUUUAUAUACGAGUUCUGACAAGUUUUAGGGAUCAUUUGCAACCAGUGGUCUAGUUUGGACCAUGCAUUCUCAGUAUACAAAUAUUCUAUUUUCCCUUAAAGUCAAACAUUCUGUACAAAGAGUUUUGUUGGAUUGAGGGUGAUCACGUUUUUAAAAUCUGCCCAACUCACCACUUAAAUGCAAAAAGUUAACUUCUCUGGUAUCUGAAUGUUUAGAACAAGCAGUAAAACUAAAACGUAUCCAGACUUCAGCCUUCAAAAUUAUUCCCAAGUUCAACAAAACUAUCAUUUCAAGAUCAGUCCAUUGCGGUCAACAUAAGAUGUACAUGUUCAAGUACACAAUUUAAGGUUCUGCCAACUCUUCAAAGAGAGGGCUAUUAUUUGACUUUUUGUUAAUAAUCAUGUAAACUCUUUAGUCUUGACAAUUGAGAAAUUACACUGUAGGCAAUAGUUUAGCAUAGUUUAUGGGAAAUGUGACAGAUUUUAAUCAACAUGGAUUUUUAAAAAAAAAUUAAUUAUAUGGCUCAAUAUUUCAAGUCUUAAGUUACUAGGUAGGCCUAAAUGCUACAUGCCACCAAAAAAGCAUGCAUAUUGCAUUUUAAAUUUUAUGGUGUGUACUCGGCAUAUUGUGUGCUCCUGCAUUUGUGAACAAAGAGACUGAUGCAUAUGGAAGUGAAUGUUGGAAUGUACUUGGUGAAGUGCUUGUGUUAUUGCCUUUGUGUAUUUGAGAAUCUCUAUAUUGAAGUUAAAGGAAAUAUUUGUACGGCAAGUCUUUGUACAUGAAAACGAAGUGGAUUUUCAUACAUAGAGGCUUGGGGUAUUCAAAGGGUAUAUUCUCAAAUCAUUUACUUUUUAUAUCAGUAGCCCAUUCUCCUCUCCCGUUCUGUAGCAUGCUUAAUGCCCUUUCCCACCCACAGCAACAUCCCAUAAAACUUAUGUGCUACAAUAAAACAAAUAGGGUGGUCCUUAUUUUACCUUUUAAAUAAAGGAUCAUGUGGUAGGAUAUUUGCAGUGGCAACUUAAAAACAUUUAUUAUGUUUAAGAUCAUCAUAUGUCCGUAAAUAAUAAAAUGUAGAAUGUUUAUAUUUUUUAUGAGGUCACACUUUUCUAUUUUUUUGUUUUAGAUUUUUAUUUUUCAAAGAAGGUUUUUACAUUUUGUACAUUUUUUAAACCUAUUCUAAAAUUGUUUUUAUGUACUUUUGAUCUGUGG